AUGGCGCCCAACGACCGCCGCAAAACCGUCCUCAUCACAGGCUGUUCACCCGGCGGCAUCGGCCAUGCCCUGGCUCGAGCCUUCCACGCCCGAGGCCUCCGCGUCUUUGCGACGGCUCGCACGACACAACAGAUCAACGACCUGUCUCUUGUUCAGGGCAUCGAGACCUUGCCACUGGUCGUGGAUGACGAUGAAUCCAUCCUCUCAUGUUACGCGCAGGUCGAGCAGUUGACCGAAGCGCGAGGCCUCGAUUACCUUGUCAACAACGCCGGCGUCUCGUACAUAAUGCCCGCACUGGACAUCACGCUCGACGAAGCCCGAAAAGUCUUCGACGUCAACGUCUGCGCAGUCAUGCGGCUAUGUCAGGUCUUCGCGCCCUUGCUGAUCACAGCCCGUGGCACGAUCGUCAUGAUGGGGAGCCUUGCGGGGGUGAUUCCCUACGUGUUCGGUUCCGUGUACAACGCCUCGAAAGCGGCGUUGCAUGCCUACGCCAAUACCUUGCGCGUGGAGAUGGCGCCCCUGGGCGUCAAGGUGGUGACUGUCCUCACAGGGGGCGUCAAGUCGAAUAUCAACGCGCAUGUCAAGCGCGUCUUGCCUCGCGAUAGCGUGUACGGGGCGCUCGAGGACAGCUUCGCGCGACGCCAAGUCCACUCCCAGCAAAGUGCGAUGCCGAAUGAAGCGUUUGCCGAGAGUGUGGUCAGGCAGGUUCUGCCCGGUACAGGUAUUGGAGUCUGGCCUUGGAGGUGGCUUCCCAGCAGAGAUGCCAGGAGGAGAUGGAUUUGGGAGGGUAGCAAGAGUUGGGUCGUGUAUUUUCUUGCGGGGGGGUAUACGUGGACGGGGAUCUUUGACUGGUGGAUGACUCGUGCGUUUCAAUUGUCGAGGCUGAAGAAGGGGAAGACGGUUUGA